AUGACCGUCGACGACAGAUGGCUUCGUAUACAGAAUUUGGGACUUUGUAAAACGUGCUUGUACAGUCAUGGGACUCGUUCGUGUAGAAACAACACUCGCUGCGGCGUGGAUGGAUGCGAUGCGCGUCAUCACGCACUUCUUCAUUCGGCGGAGAAACCAAAGGCAUCCUACAGCUCUGGUCCGAAUCCGAUAUCGAACUACGUUGUGCAUCACGUUCACCAGUCGUCGUUUCCAUCGUUACUGUACCGUGUUAUUCCAAUCACGCUCCACAACGGUAGUUUAUCUGUCGAUGCCUUUGCCUUCAUCGACGAAGGGUCUUCGAUAACAAUGCUGGAAAAGAGUCUGGCAGAAAAACUUCAACUAAACGGGCACUCCCACCCGUUGUGCUUGCAGUGGACAUCCAAUGUGACGCGGAUCGAGAACGAUUCGAAACGAGUGACGUUCGAGAUUUCCGGCAUCAAUAAAUCAAAGCGGUACAAGGUUUCAAACAUCGGAACAACCAAUUCCCUGAACUUACCAACACAGAGUUUGCCGUUCGAAGAACUCAAGUCACGUUUUAGUCAUCUUCGAGGAAUUCCGGUGGAUGGUUACGAGAAUGCCAGUCCGCAACUUCUCAUAGGAGUUGACAAUCUACGUUUGGUGGUUCCGCUCAAGGCGCGAGAGGGCGAAGUAGGAGAUCCAACUGCGGUACGCACCCGCCUGGGCUGGUGUGUGUACGGUGGCAAGCGCGACGAGUCAACGCCAACAUUCAGUUAUCACAUUUGUGACUGUCAACAUGAUUCAUCUUUAGACGAGGCAGUGAAGACUUAUCUGACGCUCGACGAAGUUGGAUCGAAAGUGUUCACGCCAGUGCUGAGUGACGAAGACACUCGAGCAACGAAAAUUAUGGAGGAGACUACAAAAAGAGUGGGCGAUCGUUAUGAGUCCGGCCUGCUUUGGAAGUACGACUUCGUAGAGUUUCCAGACAGCUAUCCAAUGUGUCUGAGAAGACUCCAAUGUCUCGAAAGAAGAAUGGGAAAAGAACCGGCGAUGCGGGACAACAUAGUGCGUCAGAUCGAGGAAUAUCAGCAGAAAGGCUACUGCCAUCGAGCGACUCCGGAUGAGCUGCAACAGGCUGACCCCCGACGCACAUGGUACCUCCCCCUCGGCGCGGUCACCAAUCCCAAGAAACCCGGUAAGGUGCGGCUCAUCUGGGACGCUGCAGCCAAAGUCGACGGGGUGUCCUUAAACGCGAUGCUAUUGAAAGGGCCCGACCAGUUGACAUCUUUGCCUGCUGUAUUAUUUCGGUUCCGCCAGUAUCCGGUGGCAGUUUGUGGAGACAUCCGGGAGAUGUACCACCAGAUCCUGAUUCGUGAAGCUGAUCGAAGCGCUCAAAGGUUCCUGUGGCGGUCGGAUCCGAACCAGCAGCCAGAAGUUUUCGUCAUGGACGUGGCAACGUUUGGGUCGACCAGUUCACCAGCGACGGCCCAAUACGUUAAGAAUAUCAACGCCCGCCUGUUCGCCGAUAAGUAUCCUGCAGCCGUCGAAGAAGCAAUCAGUGGUCAUUAUAUUGAUGACUAUGUGACCAGUUUUCGGAGCGUGGCUGAGGCCAAAGAAGUUACGUCCCAGGUGAGGGCGAUACAUCAACACGGUGGUUUCGAACUUCGUCAGUUCUGUUCGAACAGCGACGAGGUCAUGCAGUUUCUUGGAGAGGUCAAGGCACAUCCAGUGAAGAACAUGUGCCCAACUAAGGGAGAAAACUCCGAACGUGUGCUGGGUAUUUUGUGGGAUACGGAACACGAUGAGCUGCGGUUCCCAACGAAGAUGCGGGAAGACAUGGUGAAGUUAAUCACUACACAGGAGAAACCAACGAAGCGACAGAUACUCCGGUGUGUGAUGACAAUGUUCGAUCCACUGGGUCUUCUAGCACCGUAUCUGAUCUUUGGCAAGAUCAUUAUCCAGGAAGCCUGGCGCAAAGAGCUCGGCUGGGACGAACCGGUGGACGAUGAAACGCAUCAACAGUGGCUGAAAUGGGUCCAAAUGCUUGAACACAUCAACGAUAUCGGCAUCCAGCGAUGCUAUUUCCGAGAGGCGAUCAACGAGGUCGAAGUUCACACAUUUGUGGACGCCAGUGAGAUUGCAUAUUCCUGUGUGACGUAUUUUCGCUCAACGAACGCUGCCGGAGAAGUAAAGGUUGCGCUGGUAGGCGCGAAGUCCAAAGUUGCACCCCUGAAGGCGUGGUCGAUACCGCGCUUAGAGCUGCAAGCGUGUGUGUUAGGUGCACGUCAUAUGCGAAGUGUCAUCGAGGGACAUUCGUUGCAGAUCAAGAAGCGAGUGUUGUGGUCCGAUUCCGGAACAGCGCUGAGCUGGAUCAACGGAGAUCCCCGAAAGUUUAAUCGAUUUGUAUCGUUCCGAAUCUGCGAGAUAUUGGAGCUAACCACUCGGAAGGAGUGGAGAUGGGUUCCAUCGAAGAACAAUCCAGCGGAUGAGGCUACGAAGUACGGUUCCGGGCCUUAUUUUGCCAAAACGAGUUGCUGGUUCGCCGGGCCAAGUUUUUUAGUGCAUCCUGAAGCGGUAUGGCCAGUUUCGAAGGCUGGACUUGCUGAAGCAUACUACGAGCGACUUGAUGACGAGAAGCUACACACACUACUGGUCGAAGCCGAGUCGAUCGUAAAUAGUCGCCCCUUAACUUACUUGCCGUUGGAUGCAGCUGAAAGCGAAGCCCUGACGCCCAAUCACUUCCUGCUAGGGAGUUCCGACGGUGUCCGCCAGCCGCCUACAGAAGAUGUGUGCGACAACAAGUUGCUGGGGAAUUCCUGGAACUUACUGCAGAGACAGCUGAAUACUUUUUGGAAGCGCUGGACGAACGAGUAUUUGCCGACACUGACGAGGCGAACGAAAUGGUUUGACGAGGUGAAGCCCGUUGAACCAGGCGAGUUGGUUGUGUUGGUGGAGGAUCGUAGGCGGAACGGAUGGAAAAGAGGGCGUGUCCUGAAGGUGAUUACGAAUCCAGACGGCAGGUGUCGUCAGGCGAUUGUGCAGACGAGUGAUGGGACGUUUCGUCGGUCGCUAUCGCGCCUGGCUAUGUUGGAGGUACAAGAUCGUGGAACGCGGACCCCAGCCGGAUUCCACCGGGGGGAGGAUGUUGCCACAAGAGCAAUUAGACCGGGAGCUGACGACACCCCAAUGUGUGACAGUUCUCGAUGA